CCGGCUGGAUCUGGCAGUUCCGCCCACGCACAGUCCUCUGUUGCUGGUCAACAAGUCAAAAACGCGUGAAAUUUGAUUCUACUGUUGCUGUUAUGAGUCUGAUAUUGCAAUGGAUAACGAAAGCGAGUUAUGCGAAUCGGUUGAGAUCGAGGAGAUCAGUGAUGGGAGUUAUAGACACUCGUUUAUUAUCUCAAAAGCGUUUUACGGAUUUAUAUUCGGUCGACUGGAUACCAUAAAAGACCUGCAGUCAGAGACGAAUACAACGAUACCUCUGCCGGAUUCGAGGAAGUCAUGGUCCGGGGAUGUUUGUAUUUUAGGAAGCAGUCGAGAGGAGAUAAUCACCUGCAGGGAGAAGAUCCAUCGAAUAGCCGAGGACUCCAGGAAGAACAUAAGGUACACGCACUUCGUGUCGAUUCCCCUGAACAAUGACGAGUUCAAGGGGAAUUACAAGGCGUUUCGGGAGCAGAUCCUCAGGGAUCCGACGAGGGAAAUUCAUGGGAUCGUUGAUGAGAUGUUCGUGGGAGGGAACAAGCUGCAUUUGACUGUUGGAAUGCUUCUCCUGUUGGAUGAUGAGGAGAAGAGGAAGGCUGCUGAGACACUGGAGAAGUGUGUGGAGGACGUUGUCCAGCCUAUUUUAACGAGAGAAACAGAGCCGAUAAGAUUGAAAAUUGAAGGACUGGAAUGCAUGAAUAGUAAUCCUGCCAAAGCGUCGAUUCUGUAUGGUCGAGUUGAGGAGAACAGAAUUUUGCAGGAGUUGGUGGAUAAAGUGUUUGGAUAUUUCAUAGAAAAAGGUUUGAUGAAGUCUCAAUACGAUAAUAAAGUCAAGUUGCACAUGACUUUGAUGAAGACUAGUAGAUUACGCGGGAAAAGUAAGAAGCAUCAACGUCAGAGGACGUUUGAUGCUACAAAGAUAUUAGAAGAUUUCGGUAAUUACGAAUUUGGAGAGACAACACUGGAUACUCUUCACAUUUGCGAAUGCAGUACAGAUGUAUCAGAUGGGAGUUAUCCCAUUCUCACGAGAAUAGAUUUAAUUUAUUGAGAUUCGUUCAUAGUGUAAAUUUUUGUAAAAAAUAAUGUUGAAUAAAAAAUAUGAAUUUUCAUUUCGUCGAGAUGAAUGAAA